AUGGCGUCCCUGCGCAUGGGCGGCGCCCCGCCCGCGAAGGCCAAUAAGAACGCGAAGAACGGCGCGACGACCGGCGCGGGGAACCACAUGGCCGCGGUGAUUCGCAGGAUCGAGGGCUUCUACAGCGCGCCUCGGUGCCGCGAUUCGGACGACGACGACGACGAAGACGACGAGCCCGAGCGCGAAAACGUCGACGACGACGACGACGACGACGACGACGACGACGACGACGCGAGCGCGUCCGAGGGCGAGGAGAUCGACCCGAACGACGCGGACGCGGUCGCCGCGCAGCAGGCGCGAAGGGAGGCGAAGAAGGCUGCGAAGGCCAAGGCCAAGGCUGAGCAGAAGAAGAAGCGGUCCGCCGGCGGCGGCUACGAAGAGUGGUACGACCUGGACGACGACUUCAUCGACGACGAAGAGUUGGACGAGUACUUUGAAGAGAACGGGCGGAAGGAUAAGCUCGGCGGGAAGGGCGGGGAUAGGUUCUACGUGAACAAGGGCGACAUCGAGUUCGUGGACGACGGCACCGGCGCCGCGGCGGCGCACGACCGAGCGAAGCGAAUGAAGAUGACGACGGUGGGAGGAGGAGGGAGCAAAUCGGAGAAUUUCGGCGACUUCAGCCCCGAGGACGCCUCGCUCGCGGGGAACCAACGCGCCGCGGGUCUGAAGUGGAGCGAGCACGAGAUGGCGACGCUCACGAAGGGCGUGCAGCGGCACGGACGGAAGUGGAUGACGAUCAAGCGCGACAGAGAGUUCGCGCCGACGCUCAGAGCGUUUUCAAACGCCGCGAUGAAGGCGCGUUCUAUUUCCACACUGCACAAGUGGAAGAUGAUGGUGCGCGAGCAGGCGCGGGCGAACGCCGCGGGGCUCGUCGCGGGGGGCGGCGGCGCCGGCGGCGACGGCGCGGGGGCGGGAGCGGGCGCCGCGGGGUCGGGGUCCGUCGCGACGGCGCCGUCGCCGCCGGCGCGACCGCCGCCGGAGCCGGCGCCGGCGCCGCAACCGGCGACGGCGCCGCCGCCGGCGACGGCGCCGUCGCCGGCGGACGCCGCGACCGUCGCCGCGAUGCAGCGCGCGAUGGCGGCCGCGAACGCCGCGGCGGCGCUGCGCGGCUCGCCGAUCACCCCCGCGGGGGUCACCCCCUCGCCGCCGACAGACUCCGGCGGCGGCGCCGCGGGCGCGGGCGCGGGCGCGGCGAUCAAAACUUUCGUCGUGUCCAAAAGCACCGCGUCGUCAUGGACGUCCGUCCACGGCGCGAACGGCGCGUGGUCGCCGGUGCUGACCGCGGCGAUCGAGGACGUGCGCGCCGUCGCGGAGACGCUGACGCCGCCGGAGAGGGGCUCGGAGCCCGGCGCGCGACUGCCGCCGCUCCCGGACGCGCUCCUGGUUCCGCUCGCCGAGGUUGUCAAGAUCGUCAAAGGCGGGGACGGAGAGAGCGCGUUGCCGAGGGGGUUGAUCAAGAGCUUGAUGGAGUUUAUGGAGCCGUUCUGUUCCGCGACGACGCUGCAGCGGCGGAUGUCGAUGAUGAAGUGA